UCGCGCAGGCGCGGCACGCACCACCGGCAGCGGCGGCGAUGGGCGGGCGGCUGGCCCGCGCGUUCCGGAAUUUCAACGUGGAGAGCCGGGCCCGCCGGGAGAUCAGCAAGGAGAAGCCCACCCCCGCGCCGCGGCACUCCACCUCCCGGCUGGACAAGCUAACCGAGCACCUAGGGAUACAAGAAGAAAUUUACAGAAAGGACGACAAGCUCCUCACCUUGUUAAAAGAUGUUUAUGUCGAGUCCAGAGAUCCACCUGUGCGGGUAAAAGAUGGAGGUGGCGAACAUCUUCCCUGUAAACAGGAGGAAAAGAGACUUACAAAACUAGGCCACUUGGGAGAUCUAGAUGUUAAGAAAGUUCCCAAAGGCAAAAUUUCCAUUGUGGAGGCUCUGACGCUUCUUAAUAAUCAUAAACUUCAUCCUCAAAUAUGGACCGCAGAGAAAAUAGCAGUGGAAUACAGUCUGGAACUGAAGGAGGUCAACUCUCUUCUGGAGUUCUUCAUUCCUUUCACUGUGCAGGAAUUUCCUAAAGAAACCAAAAAAGCUAUAAAGCCAACAUAAAAAAUACCUACCAAAACCGUGUGUGAUCUCACUCGUGUCUUAAUUUUACUCUUGAGUAUAUUCAGUGUCUGAAAAGAGUUGAUAACGUAUCAUCCAACAAGGCUGCUUCCUUAUACCAGUAAGAUGUAUUAAAGCAAUUCCAUUCUAUAUUGGAUGGCUUCAGUUAAAUGCAGCAAUUAUAGGGUACGGUUUGUAAACCAGAAUCUAAUAAGUUGUAUAAGAGCAUGUCACGUGAUUCCGAUUAUCCCACCCACAUGUUAUGAGUUCAGUUAAAACAUGCAAGUUCUUAGUGAGAACUUUACCUUAACAGGUUGCCUUUCUUAGCAGAGACUUCCUGGCCUUCAGCUGAAUCAGUGCUCUGUGUGUAUUAGCUCUGCAGUUUCAUGUUACAGUGUUCUUUCAAGGAGUUGCUGUCAAGGUGUGCAUAUAUACAAACAGCUGUAUUUCUUUUGUAUAAGAAUGGAAUAGUAUUUAUACUUUGUAAAGAAGGUUAACCACGAGAUCAUUUGGGAAAUUCAGCUGUGUCAAACUUAAAAUAAAAAGAAGGUGAAUAGCAAGAAGGCCUCUUUCUGAUGCUGGAACAGUAGUGGCUGAUGUUUAGCUCCUCUUCCAUUCUAUUCUGAUUUAGCUUAAAUAUCUGCACCUUGCCAGGUACUGUCUGUCAGUCAGUGAAUUGUAAAGAGUGAUGAUCUUUUAGCGUCAGUCUCUUGCAGCAGUCUAUGGCACCUACUGUAUGAGAAAUAAUGGUUCAUAUUAUAAUUAAUAGGUAGCUAUGAAAUGCAACUGGAUCUAAUUGGACCCCCUAGUACGUCUUCUGUAAAUGUCUGCCUGUCCUGUUACAAUAGCCCUUUUUCCCCAUGGAGGCCUUGUCUGACUUAUCCAGAUGUGGGCUAGACCAGGUCAUGUUUGCUUACAGUAAGUUACCCAUGUGCUACCAGAUAGAAGAUGAAGAGCAUCUUUUCCAGUUGUUAGUAAAGGACAACACAAACUGUGAGGUGGUGACAGUGGAUUGUAACCUUGAUACUGUGACUAUUCAGGUCUGUGCAGGUAAGGAAGAAGUUUUGUACUGAUGAUUAAUGCUCUAAUGAAAACUGGUUCAUGUUUUUCCAGAUAAGUGGGGAGGGGGGGUGGUGAGGGCAGGUAAUCAGAACUGAUCUUUAAAAAUGCAUUAUGGUUGCCUUCAUUCAAAAGAAACAAAACCCCAAAACUUAAUUUUAUGCGGCACUAACAUUCCUAGUGCCCAUCACCAAAGAAACUGAAUUUAUUAAGAGGGUGGAAGUCAGUACCAGGCCUAUAAUGUAACUUUCUUUUUAAGAACUUUUCUGCCAGGUCUUACACUCUGGUAAAUAGCUUACCAAGAAGAUGAUCAGCUUUGCUAUUUCACACCAAGAUUCUUUCCACUUCUCUCUCUGAGGUAGAACAAGGUAUUUGCAGUACAGUUUGCCACAGUGUAUUCAAGGUUUUGCUUGAUUCAUUUCUGAAGUACGUAACGCUGUACCUUAGUGGAAGAUGACACCUGAGUGCAUUGUGUAAAAAUUUGAAAUUGUUAGUCUUUGGAUGUGUGGAUUGGGGAUAGGCUUGUCAUUCUUCCUGUAAUGUAAUGGGGACAGAGCUGCACUCUGAAACUAAUGCAUCUGAGUUACGUACAAUGUUAAGAUUUUUUUGUUUUCCACAAAAUACUCUGUUUUAUAGAAUGUUGUAACAGAAAUACUUUAUUGUUUGAGUACUGUUCAUCCUAAUGUAAUACUUAAGGUAAUACUCAGAAAACAGCUGUGGAAUGCAUUUGGUACAGAUGCUGUUAUUAUUGGAGAUGCUGUGAUUUCCUUCUUUAAAAAUGAAUUUUAAUUAGGUAUUGGAGUUGAUGAAAAAGUCACUACAGUCGGCACCAGACAACAGCUUAACCGUGCCCCUUGACUAACUUGGUAUGUAUUUUGGCUUUCAUCUGCCUUUGUGAACUGUCUUGUGAUGUGGCUACACCGUUACAGUACCCUGUUUUAUGUAGAAAGCCCCUAGAGGCAUUAUGGUAUAUUACUGCUUUGCUUCCACUCUUCAGCAGGCACGUGAUGUUUGGUGCUCAUCAUGUUCAAUGCUCCAGCCAUAUCUUCAGGACAAAAUCCUGUCCAUGAAUGGGAUGAUUGCAAAGCUAUCCCUGGUUUCUCUGGAGCCAGGAUCUCGUCCUCAGCAUAUGUUGUCCAUGGUGGGGAAGCAGGCAGGUCCCACAGCCCAGAGGUGGUCCAGGGAUCCAUCUCCCUGGAAGCAGGUGAACUGCCAGUGGCCGAGAAGGUUCCUCUGGAGUAGGGAACUUCUCCAGCACAGCAUGUUCGCUUCAAAAAAUUAGAUGAAAUGCAGUUUGCCGUUGGCACACAGAUUCUUCUGCUGGUCACCUGCCCCACCUGCUGGGCAAUGUCAAACCAGCAUUACGAAGGCAUUGAUGGUAUGGGAUCAUGUAAAAUCUGUGCCUUUAUCUAUCCAAAUUAUCCAUAGUCUGAAUGUUUAGCUUCCUCUGUCUCUUCAGACAUGGAGUGUUUUACUUGCCCAGAGCUCACAAGAAGAUCCAGGAGCAUGGAUCUUUUCUCUUUGCUCUGGUGGGAAAGCCUGUCCUGAUCAAGCACUCAACGCUACCAUCUUGUCCUGUGUAGGCUACUGGCCACAGCCAGCUGCAAGGUCCUUGGCUGUGGGUGCUUAAGCUGUGUUCAAGUGGUGCCAGUGUUGAACUGACAGCAAGGGAGGCCUGACCAGGGCAGGUGAGCUUCAGGUGCAAAUGGAUUGUGGCACUUGAGACUGUGGCAGUUGUAUGCCUGAUGUGCUAUUAGCAAUCAAAACACUGUGUCGGUACCUGUUCUUAUUAAAUCUGUUUCGAGCAAUCUACAAGUCUAAUGAAUUCUGUAACCUUUCACGGUUUAGGUACUGCUGUGUUGUUACCAGAGCUAAGUGUUUUCUGCUGAAAAAAAACCCCAGAAAACAUGGAUUAAUUUCUCUUAGAAACUCAGCAUUAGUUUUCUUGGUCUGAAACAGAGGCUUAGAUUUACAUGAGGCGACAGCAGCACAUCUCCUGCAGCGUGCUGGAGGGAGCGCACUGCAGGAGCUCCUGCGGCUCUGUGGGAUGGAGUGGGGUUUGAUGUGUCUGCUGCCAGAAAGAGAAUUUAAAAAAUGAAUCUGCCAAGGUGGUUCUUCUGUGACUAUAGUGCAAAAUCCCCCUUGGGCGUGGGUUGCUUCAGUUGCUGAAGUUCUGUCCUUAGGUGAGGUGUUUUGGCCUCCUGAUGGGAGUAGUGCUGCUGUAUUACCCAGGAGAGAAGUGACUGGGGACAGGAUAGACCCUGUAAUCAUUUCCUAUAAGGAUUCCUUGCAUGGGAAUGGAAAACUCAAGGCGUCUUGCAGGACUAAGGCUCUUGGGCCACUACUUUUUAGAAAGCUGAGGGAGGUGAUGGUGUGGCUGAACAAAUCCUACCUUUGAAAUAGUCACCCAGCGGCAGCCGCACCUGUGAGCUGGGUUCACCCAGGGAAUAAGGGAUCCCACUGCUGAUGAGCUGCAAAUAGUGCUGGUGAAAGCUAGAUUGGGUCCUGCCAGGGGUUGCUGUAAGUGGAAGCCUGAAUGUAAAGUCACAGCUGGGAGCUCUGCUUACGUGAGAGAUCGGGGCUCUGCAGAAAGGACAAGACUGCUGGCGACUUGGGUGCAGCUGGGAGUGCAGAGCUGGUUAUAAUUGCCUGUGUUGGCAGAGGGAAAAAGAGAUAAAGGUGAAGUCUUCUGAUUUUCUCUGAACUAAAGUACUCCCUGUUAUUAAUUGCACAGGGCUUUGUUCCCAGGAAAACCAACACAGCACAGUUUGUGACUCGGGCAGUUUUGACUCUACCCAGGCCAGAUGUUGGGUAUGAAGUAGGGGCAGAGUGCUGUAAGCCUGGGUGGCCAGAACCGUGUUGAGCUGCUGUAUGGACAGGUCUGUUGGGAGUUGUACAUUGUGUGCAUGUCACACCUGAUUGUCUUCUGUCUUGGUCUCUGGUGUUUGCAGCACAGCACUGUAGCCUAAAGGAUGGCACAGGCUUGAUGGUUUGGUCUCCCCUCUUAAAGUGGGGAUGUGGAUCUGCAUCCCCCUUAAGGUGAAGUGGAAAUUGAAUGUUAGGUAGGAGUCUAGCUUAGCUGUCUCCAUGCCCCCCAAAAGCUGGAAACUAUGGAUCUCAUUUUAGUUGCAUAAUUCCUCUGCAUCAUGAAUUUCCUUCAUGAGCACCAAGUGUAGCAGAGCUCAAGUCCCUCUUGGUGGGGCUGAGGUGGAGAAGUGGUAGGGGCUGCAGCACAGUGGGUGCAGGAAGGGCUCACUGCUGCUCAGGGAGGGAAGCCUUGCUUGUUCCUUACCACUCCGACCCCUGUUCCCAGCGCUACAGCCCACUACAGCCCACCUCCUCUCUUUUUGCUAGCUUGGGCAAUUAGCAGACCAUGUUAUGAACCACUUUAAUUCACUAAAGUAGCAGAAAACAAAUCAAAACAGCUAUAUUUAAAACUGAGAAGGAGAAACCGUCUUUACUGUUGUCAGCAUCAGUGGCUGUCCUUUGGUUGGAGGUAGCAUCUAUUCAGCUUACUUCUAUUAUCAGCCAUGUGCCCACCAGAGGAAACAAGUUAUUAAAACUGGGUAUGUUUUUUGUGCACAAUAUAGGGGGGGAAAACCUGAACGUGCAGAGGUACCAAAAUUCUUCUGUGAAUUUUUGAAAUACAUUAUCCCCAAGUUAUUUGAUUUGGGAUGGGAAACGUAUUCUAAACCCUCUUUUUUAUAUUGUAAUAAAAUAUUUUGGCAUGAU